AGGGGCCGCUGUGUGGUGGGAGGAGCGGAAGUUGAGGAAGUCGUGUAUUAGAUCGGGGAAUGAAGAGCCCGUGUUUGUUUUAACUGUACGCCGCUCAAGAGUUCAGGAAGCGUCUAUAAAACCAUCCUGAUACAAAACACACACAGUCAUUAGCGCGCACUUAUCAGGACUGUGACACGCGCGCGGCUGGAUCAGGACACUUCUGCAUUAUGCAUUCGGACUGCAGGCUGCUGGGAUGGACGCGUCGGUAAUGGUGGGCAGAGGGACCGGAGGGGCUGCGGUCUUCAUCCUGAUCGUCUUCAUCGUACUCCUCGGUGCCAGAAGCUCGCGGGCGCAGAAGGGGGACGGCUGUGGACACACAGUGUUGGGUGUGGGCAGUGGGAGCCUGGCGUCAUUGGGGUACCCUCUGUCCUAUCCCUCGCACUCCGUGUGUGAGUGGGAAAUAAGCGUGACCGCCGGAUACACAGUCCUUGUGCGCAUUGCGGAUCUUGAUAUCGAUACAAACAACUGCCAGGUGUCUUACCUGCGACUUUAUAAUGGCAUCGGACCAGGACGAACAGAAAUUGUGAAGUUUUGUGGAGGGAAGGAAUGGAGAGAUGCUGUCAUAAAGUCGAAAGGGCAUCAGGUCACCGUGCAGUUCAUGAGUGGACCACAGAACAACGGCCAUGGCCUCUUCCUCUCAUACACCAGUAGUCAGCACACAGACCUCAUCACCUGUCUGGAGAAAGGAGAGCACUUCAGUGAAGCGGAGUUCAGUAAAUUCUGUCCUGCUGGAUGCCUGACUGAUUUUGGAGAGGUUUCGGGGACCAUACCACACGGAUACAGAGAUUCUUCUCCACUCUGUCUGGCCGGUAUUCAUGCGGGUGUGGUCUCCAACACUCAGGGGGGGCAAAUCAGUGUGGUCAGCAGCAAAGGCAUCCCACACUACGAAAGCUCACUGGCUAACAAUGUGACAUCUGUGCCUGGAAAUCUAUCCCCCAGCCUUUUUACUUUCAAGACUAGCGGUUGCUAUGGCACUUUGGGUUUGGAGUCGGGGGUGGUCAGCGACUCUCAGAUCACAGCCUCAUCGGAGUGGGAAUGGGGCGGUCACGGAAAGGAGCCCACUGUCUGGGGCCCCACAGGGGCCCGCCUCAAAACACUGGGACGUCCGUGGGCAGCAGCCAACAGCGACACAAAAGAAUGGAUUCAAGUGGACCUGAAGAAAGAGAAAAGAAUAACAGGUAUUAUGACCACUGGCUCCACCCUCCCAGAAUAUCAGUUUUACAUUUCGUCCUAUGAGGUGUUAUAUAGCCAUGAUGGACAGCAGUGGAAACCCUAUCAGGAAGUGGGAUCAGAUAAGAUUUUCCAAGGCAACACCAACUAUUUCCAGGAAGUGCGGAACAACUUUAUUCCUCCAAUUGAAGCACGGUUUAUCAGAAUAUGUCCCUUCCAGUGGCACCAGAGGAUUGCCCUUAAAAUGGAGCUGCUGGGCUGCCAACCGCAUGCAGGUGAGACUAAUCUGAGAAAUCUGUCUCCGAUUUGGCCAAUUAGCCAUGCUAAACAUGAUUGGAUCUCUUUCUGUUGGUCAGCGAGGCCAAGAAUCCUCCAUCCAACCUCUCCUCCUCCUCGCAGAAAAAGCACAGUGCCCCCCCUGCAGGAAAGGACGACACACACGCCCAACAUCCGAAACACCACCAUGCCUCCACACUCUCAUGAUGAGGUGGCGCUGGUGGCAGUGUUGGUCCCUGUGUUAGUGGUGGUUCUGACAACCCCGGUGUUAGUGAUGGUGUGUUCGUGGCUAUGGAAGAACAGAAAAAGCCCCGAGGUGACUUAUGACCUUCCACACUGGGAACGCACAGUGUGGUGGAAGAGUAUGAAACAGUUGUUGCCCUCUAAGCUGGAUGGAGACGACUGUGUUCGUUACAGUUCCACGGCACGAGUGGACCACCAGAGACCCCGAGUGGAGCCUGCAGAAUAUGCCCAACCGCUUGUCACCGGUACCAUGGCCUCUCUCGGACAAAGGUCAACGUUUAAACCUGAAGAGGCUGAUGCCCCUGAGUAUGAUGCACCUAUUCCCCAGGAACAUUACCAUGCUUACGCUGAGCCCCUUCCUGCUUCUGGCACUGAAUACGCCACGCCAAUCAUGAUUGACAGGGCUAACCAUCUAUCAGGAGGCACUCUACCAUUCAGGGGCCGUGGUUUAGUGGCUCGGACAGACAGCAGCCAAUCAGCAAGCUCAGCCUAUGACACACCCAAGAGCACAUCUGACCAAGCCACACCCACUGAGGGACAGUUGUACCAAGUACCACAGAAUACCCACAAUGCACCGUGUCAGAAAAUAGACUGACCAAUCACAGAAGAGUGGACACUUUUGGAAACCCUCGGCUGAACACUACCUUUCCUAAAAAUCUGCAGAUCAGAUCAGAAUGUGCGCAAACGUGCCGCUUCUAGCCAUCUCAAAUUGUACGCCGCGCAAGUCCUAUCACUGAAAUAACACAAAGGAAUGUCAGGAGAGAGAGAACAGCAGAGAUCUCGUUACACUACUGUGUUUGGUGGGUGUUUUGUUUGUUCAUGCAUCUAAAUGUGUGUGUACGAGUGCAUAUAUGUGACUAUGCUCUGCUAUCAAACUGUGAGUCUUUAGAUAUCUGUGCAUUUUUCUGAGAGCGGAGAUGUAUUCAUCUCGGUCGCUCAUUGUAAGGCACAUUUUUCCCCCUUAGGCAAAGAUAUUUUCAACAAAACCGCCCUCAUGCACAAUAACAAAUGAUCGAAUUUCAGAUUAAUAGACAAACACUCUCAUAAUAACACUGUGAUUCACUGUCAUUUUGCACUGUUGUAUUGUAUUCUGCUGUUACAUAGGUGCCUUCUUUGUGACAUAGCAACACAUGCCUGUGCUGGUUUCUCUACUUCUGUUCCAAAACCUAGUGAGUUAACUUGCUUUGUACUGCUUUAAUAGACAGCUUCCUUAAUACUGCAGUCUAACAACUUAUAGGUGUGUAAAUUAGAUGUUUAAUAAUGAUUCAGACUGACAUUGAUUCUCUUAGCAAGCAUUGUGAUAUUUACAGAUACCUCAAAACAUGCUGUGAUACAUUUACAGUUUGAUUAGAUUAAGGGGCUUGCGACCGAUAUUGAUAUUAUAUGCCUAUUUUAGACAUUUUAUUAACUUACUAAAGCAACCAAAAUAUAACAUGAACAUUUCAUCUCUAAAAUGAAUCAUGAAAAUCAUCAGUUGCUUAUGCAAUGAGAUAACCAUUGACAUCAGUCAAGAACCUAUUUAGACAUCACACAUUGUUUUCAUUUGUAAUGCAAUUCCUAGCAACAAGGCAACUGUUUCUGCUUACUGAGUUUGUUGUGUUCAGAAUGACUCAGUUUACAAAGUCAACGAGUUUAUGAUGCCUUGACUUUUGAAACCUGUUUAGAUUUGAAAAGCGUGUAGUGUAUUCCAGCCUUUAGAUGUCGUGCUUUAGAUAGGAAGCAACUCCCCUGCUCAGUUAAUAGUUUGAUGUUAGCAUGUUGCUAAGCUAACACCUCAGUACUCUAAUAAUUGCAAAAAUACUUUGUACACACAAAUAUUGGUCAAAAUAGUCCAUUUCUUAUAUUUAACUAGUUUUUACUAAUAAAUUUUAGUAUUGAAUGAUAUAUGUGGUUAUUUAAAAUCAUCAGAACAUUUGUAUCCACUCGUCCGCCAUUUUGGAUUCAUUUUUUCAUUUGUCAUUGCAGUAAGCCUACCUUUUGGAGAAAAAACAUGACUGUGAUGCCUUAAAACUCUGUCUUGGUAGGCAGCUUACAAGGUUUUGGAACAGAUUUUGUUGUAGAUUUUUCAUCAUUUAGUUAAAUCUGAAUUAAUUAAAAGUAGGACAGAUUGACAGACAUUUAUUCAGCACAGGAACUAGCAAGGCCUUUAUUCAAAAAGAAAAAAAAAUGGUACAGCAAUGGUGCUGGUGCUGCAUUUUUAAAUUCCAUGGAAAAGUCCUCUGUGCAUGACUGCGCAUACACAUUUUUGCCAAAUAUAUCUUUAGUCAUGCACAUGAAAACUUGUGCCAUGCAAAGAUCCAUUUUUCCUGCUGAUGUUUCCUGCUUGUAUUAAUACUCCCAAACCACUAACAGGUCACGUUUAAGCUACCGAGCAUGCACUGCUUCCAUGGUUACACUGUCCUAAUGGAUACUUUACGAAAGUUGACCCUAUAGUGGUCAAAGGUUAAAGAGCAAAAUACAGGAUGCCAACAGUCUUGCCUAUAAUAGGAUUCACUCUGUGCCAAGUUGUCUUUAUAUCUUGUUUUUUUUUGUUUUGUUUUGUUUUUUGGGGAUUGUUGACUUGAAGACCAAACAACCUGAUGGAUAAUUAGUCCAAACAUAUUAUCCAUUCGAUUUAAUGUUAUCAGACCAAACAUUGCCUCACGCUAUGGAUUUUGGAUACCAGGAUGUUGCAUGUUCAAAGUCAGAUUUGUACACUGUUACAUUUGUCAUUUACUACAAUAUCUGACAAGUCAUAUUUCGGUACUUGCGUUAGUUUACUGGCUUAAAGCAAUGAACUGUCCACAGUGGUGGCACUAUGGACAUGUAUGUGUGUUUCAAUGUCUUUGUGAGUUUAAAAGUAUACCAGAUUCAGUCGUGUUUGUGCAUGUCUGCUUAUAGUUUUUGAAAUCUUAUCAGAGUUGUAUGUAAUGUGUUUCUGUGCACUGUAUCCACAAGCCUGUGUGUGUUCAUGUGUGUCUGCCAUUCACUGUACAUCUGUCUCUAAAUGAUGAUUGGUACUGUAGAUUGAUUGUAUAGAAAAACAAUUUUAAAAUUUUAAAUUGAAGUUUUAUUAAAAAAUAAAAUGUAAUUACAAGAAAUUCA